AUGGAGCAAGAGCACCCCAAGGAUGUCGUCGAUGGCGACGUCGACAUGAAGGAAAGCCCCGACGAAUCUAGUGUAGACAUGGAAGGCAACCCUGGGCAAGACGAGCCUCACGACUUAUUCCAACUGAUUCAUGACCUUUCAAAGUAUCUAUGUAGCGUCGAAGAAGGUGGCGAAGAGCUUGCGGCUGGGUUUCAGCGCAUUCCGAACAGACGCCUUUUGCCCGACUACUUUGACAUCAUUGCCGAGCCUAUUGCCUUCAGUACCGUCCGAAGCAAAAUCCAAAAGAAGCAGUACACUGCCUUCUCCGAGUUCGUCAAAGACGUCGCACAGAUAUGCCACAACGCACAAGUCUACAAUCGCCCUUCAGCGCCUAUCUUCGGUGCUGCUGAACGACUUCGAGAGAUCCUCCAAGAGGAGCUCAAGAAACUCGUUGAGAGUGGCGACAUUACAGCCGAUGAUGCGCGUCUGCCAGACUUGGGAGAGCUGCCUCCUGUCGAAGACUCGCCUUCGCAGCAGUCCGAGGACGAAGACGAACAGGAAGGAACCAGAGGGCGAAAUAACGAGGAGGACGAGGACGAGGACGAGGACGAUGACGAGGAAGAGGAGGAAACCGAUGAAGACUCCGGCGAUGAAGACUACAAAGGGCGGCGGGGAAGACGCUAUGCUUCCAAUCGAAGAAGCCGCAGUAAUGACAAAGAUGCAAAGUUCCAGCAGAAAAGAGGCCGUCCACCAAUGGUUCUUACUCCGACAGAAGCCAGAAUAUUCUCGCUCCUCAAGGAGCUCAGGAAAAUCAAGGAUGCAGACGGAAACGCACUUGCGGUGCCUUUCGAGAGGCUUCCGGAUAAAACGAUUGUUCCAGACUACUACCAAAUAAUCGCAAACCCCAUCGCAUUAGACAACAUCAAGAAGAAGACGAAGCGAAAGAAGUACCAGUCAGUCGACCAGGCGCUAUCAGACCUUGAGCUCAUGUUUGAGAAUGCCAAGGCGUAUAAUGAGGAUGAUAGCCCAGUGUACGAAGCUGCUGUGAAACUACAGCAGCAAGCCCGGGUACUGGCAGAACAAGAAAAGCUCAAACCAGAUGACGAUUUCCGUGACGAGGAUGGCAAACUCCCUCUAGCAAGCAUCGAAUAUAGCGGGGAAACUUGGAGAGUUGCAAAGCCCAUUGUUGCUCAAAUAUUCCGCACAUGGCAAGAUCGUGCUGGUCAGAAGUGGAUUAAUGCUUGUUGGUACUACAGGCCAGAGCAAACAGUUCAUCGUUUCGAGAAACACUUUUAUGUACACGAGGUUGUCAAGACUGGUCAAUACCGCGACCAUCCGAUUGCAGACGUUAUCGACCGCUGCUACGUAAUGUUCGUCACUCGAUUCAACAAGGGACGUCCCAGGGGGCUGGCGCCCGAUAAGGACGUCUACGUUUGCGAGUCUCGGUACAACGAAGAGAAGUUCCACUUCAACAAAAUCAAGACGUGGGCCAGUUGUGUUCCUGACGAGGUGCGGGACAAAGACUACGAGAUGGACCUGUUUGAUGUCCCUCGUCAAAUGAAGAAGAUACCCAGUCCAAUCAAACACCUCCUGCGCGACGAUGCCAAAGAAACAGAUGAGCUCCCGCGACCUACUUGGGGAAGCCCAAAUGCUCCCCCCAUCAUCGGCGCCGUGCAUCGUCGCCCGCCAGGACCAAAUGAAUCACCCCCUCCAGAUCUCAUGAUGCCUGCAAUGCCUGCCGCUUCCAAGAUUCCCGCAGAACCAACUCAGCGCCUUCCCAUAAAUCCUGGAGUUAAAGAUCCGGCAAGCGAGGCGGCAAGAAACGGAGCCAUCCCUUACGGCAUGGUCGGUGCAGUGCCACCUCCUAACCAGUAUUACGGACAUGUUACACCACAUUUCCAGCCAGUCCCUCCAAACGCCGGAGCUAUACCACAAACGCCAGUUCCCAUACCUCAUCAACCACAGCAGACGCCUCCUCCUCAUAUGCCGAUGCGAGCAAUGCAGUACCAAUAUCAACCUCAUCAGCAACCUGCAUACAUGCAAAAUUACAACGGCUAUGCCCCGUCGCCAGCAAUGCCCAUGCACCAUCAACCAGUGCCCAGUCCUCGGCCAACAGGGUAUAUGCAAGGUCACACUGCGACAGUGCCCAGGCCGCCGGGGAUGGGGACCCCGGGUGUUGCUCAGCCACAUGCCAACAUGUACAAUCCGCCGCGUCCCCCCGAGGUGUACACAAUGCCAGAUAACAUGAACGAGUAUUUACCAGAAGCGGUGCGACGGGAGUUUCAGCACGAUGAAUCUGGCAGAGUACUGUUCUUUUCAGCUGCCCCUCUUGAUCGUUCAUGCAAUGGCCUUUCGCCGCUGAGCUCGGGGCUCGGACACAGUGCCAAAUACCUUGCUGGGCGGAGCAAGUGGCUAGCUGAACGCGAAAAGAAGCGAAAGGAUAGAGACGAGCUGUUGAGUGGGCUACGAGAAAAGCUACGGCGCACAGGGCUACAACCUGACGAAUCCCCAGCCAUCUCACAAGCCGCUCAUUCAAUGGAACUAUUCUUUCAGCACCUUGGCCAAGACACUGAGCGUCUAAAAGAGGAUGUCGGGCUGUAG